AUGUCCACAGCCAAGGACAACACGUCUUCCACCGUGGAGAUUCGUCUGCGUCCAAAAGAGGCUCGUUGGCGGUAUCACUUGGACGUCAUCGUUGACGGGAGGAGUUACGGUUUAUACGCCCAGCAACAUCCUGAACCAGUCGCACGUCGUGGUUUUGUUCCAGUCCGGGGCAAGUGUGGAAGUUGUGGAGAACCAGGGUUACAUCACCGGAAGAGUUUACCUGCCACUUUCCUUCAUCGGCAUGUGGAAGAUAAGGACAUGCCGAAAAUCGGGAAAUCUCUGUUUUUCCAUGAACACGGAAGAUCCUCCAACUUUUUCUACGACGCAGAAUACGAACCCGAGUCGAAUAUCCGCCCAGAAAUUCCUACGAACAUAACCUUGAGCUUCUUGGAGAUUGACCGGUUUUGCGGAGAAUCCUACCAGUGCUACUUUGACUACGCGACUACUCACAGUAGGGAAUUCACCAAAUGGUCCAAACACUAUCAGGACGAAUUUGUCAACAUUCGGAAAUCCGGACUGGAGAAAAUCACUUCCUGUGGAGCACUGCCCACUCCGAAAAACGGAAGGAAGAGCUCGUUCGCCUUCACCGUGGGAACGGAAGUGAAGUUCGACUGCAACCCCGGGUUCGUCCUCAUGGGCGAGAGUCGUCGCUGGUGCUUUGCCAACGGGGAAUGGAAUUGGCCCGAAGAAGGAGAAGCCCGAUGCAUACCAAAGAGAGAGUAUCGCGCCAUGCAGGCCAGCAUGACGGCUGGCAUCGUGCUGGCUGUGCUCAUCCCCAUCGUAGUGCUCGCAGUGUGUCUCGUCGUGCGCUAUCGGAGGAGUGGACAACGCCACGGCGAAUACACGCCGAAUUACGCAGUCGAGGUGCCAGCGUACGGGAAACCACUGACGAUGGCUCCUGCGCCAUCAGCAGCAGCAGCAGUGAAGGUGGCACCAGCACCGCCGCUGCUGCAAACUGACAACGGGACACCUUCUUUUGAGCUACCCAAAGCGGAAUACCGUGCCAUGCAGGCCGCCAUGACGUCCGGAAUCGUGAUCGCGGUCCUCAUCCCCAUCAUCAUCAUCGCAGUGUGUCUCGUGAUGCAGUAUCGUCGCAGAAACGCAGUUUACUAGAAUCCUCCCAAUCCCCAACACCACGAUGGCCAAAAAUUGAGAAGCAAAAUCACCCCCAAGACUCGUGCAACAAAAUUUUGCUUUCGUUUUUUUUUCUACAAAAAAUCGCUUUACUCGCCUAUGUGGCUCCAAUAACUUGGGUAUUAUUACACGGCGUAAAAUCUUCGCACAGUCAUUUCUUAUUUUCAGCGAAAGGGAAAAUGAAGGAAGAAUUUUUCAAA